UCUAAGACAAGAAGAGAGGUGGACGUCAUCUCAAUUUACAAAAAAUAUAUUAUUAUUUUAAAUAUAGUGUAAUAUAUAAAAUGUGAUUUUACAUUGCUUAAACAAAUUCGGAAAUGAAAUUCAAUUAAUAAACGCUGUAUGUUUUUUCUAUUUAGAUUGUAGCAAAAGUGUAGUGAAGGUGACGCUUAACUCUAUUGUGUCGGUGAUGUAAUUUAGAUUGGGUGGCUUCCUAGUUCUAGGCGUCACAAUGGAAGAAUCGUCAUUUACUAUUCCAGCUGAAGACAACGGUGAUACUGAGCUCGAUCCUAGAAUACAGGUGGAAUUGGAAAAAUUAAAUGCGGCUACAGAUGAGAUAAACAAAUUGGAGUUGGAGCUUGAUGAAUCAGUGAAAACAUUUCACUUGCUUUUAAAUGAGACAUCACGCCGUCUACAAGCGUUGACAAAACGUCUAGGAACCUGUGUGGACAAAUCUCGGCCCUACUACGACGCUGUUGCAGCCGCUGCUAACGCUCGUGCUGAGUGUCAACGGGGUGCUGUGCAGUUUCAGCGGGCUAGUGAAUUGCAUGCUGCCGCGAAGGAAACUGUCACAUUAGCGGAACAGCGCUUUGUUAGCAAACAAGACGAGUGGCAGUUCGAUAGCAACUGGCAGGAAGUGCUCAACCAUGCCAUCAUCAAGGUCAUGGAUGCUGAAAAGAGGAAAGCGGAAAGCGGUCGUGAACAUCAGAAAAAGGCUGCUGCUUACAUCGCCGCAGAAAGAAAGGUGACACAACUUGAAGAUAAUCUAAAACGAAAUAUUGUAAAAUCAAGAAUUUACUUCGAUGAAAAGAAACUGUGCGACGAACAAUUGCAGAUGCAAAAUGAAAAAAUUGAGAAGCUUCAACGUAUGAUUGCGGACGCCAAAUACCGCUACUCGAAAUCUCUCAAAGCUUUAGAGGAAAUAUCUGAAGAAAUUCACAAGCGCAGAGGUGAUUAUCCUCCUGGCAAAGAUUUUAUACCGGUAGGACCAAGAGAACCAGGAGUCGGAGCAGAGAAAGACCCAAUAAACGACGAAACCUUACUUGAAAUGGAUAAAGACGAAGAUACCAGUUUACAGGAACUCAGAAUGCGUGUCAGGGAACUAGCAGCAAAACCUAUAGACAGAGACAUAGAAACAGACGAUGCAUGGGCUCAAGAGUUAAAUGAAACUAUCAACAAACUGGACCAACUCCUCAUGAUGAAAGAGAAUAACCAACAAAAGAAAUCAAAUUUAACCUUAUCUAAAAACGCUAGCGCGCCAUCGACAAGCACAAAUGUCCCGAAAACAAAUAUAUCAAGAAUGAAGUCAAGAAGCCGCGAAGCAGUUUAUGAUAAUCCUGGCCCUCUUACCAGUGAUAAAUCUAAAAGUAUGAUGUCUUUAGACGUCCUGGCUUUGGCGCGUGAUGCAUCCAUAAUGGAUAGAGAAUCUUAUCUCAAAGCGGUUAUCGAAGAUAAAUCCCCCACUGGGACGUACACUGAAAGCAAUUCUGAUAGAAAUGACAGUCCUGAUGAUAUUUUGAUGGUGGAAUGUGACUCCAGUGACUCCACUCAAAAUCCUAUAAUCAGAAUGACUAGUUCCACUGUAACUGAUAGUGAUAAUAGUUAAAUACUCGAAUAUAGAAAUUUUUAAUCUCUUGCACUGUAGUUAAUUUUUAAUUAUAUAGGUUCUAAAUUUUUAGUCUAUAAUAAGACGGUAGUUUUCUUGAAAUAUAAUAUCUUCGUAUUUGAAAAUUAUGGUUGUAAUCAAGUAUUUAUACGUGGGAUUAAAUCUCACAUUCGUGAUUUAUCUUUUGUGAUAGUCUUAUCAUUUAAGUGCAUUUAGAGAUUAAUGCACUAAGGGGCCUUUCAAGUAUUACGUAAGCAGAUUUACUCAAAUUAACCCCCCCCCCCCCUUGUCAAAGUAAGUAAAGCUCUCGCAUACAUAAACGUAUUAAAUUUCGCACGAAUUCUCGAAAAUGCAUUUGGCUUUAGAGGAUAGAAAGGUUAAUAAUAUAUCUGUUGACGUAGUAACCAAAUAUGAAAACAGAAGCCUCCCCCCCAAUAAUGCUAACACAAUACUUGAACGGCCCCUAAAUUAAAAAUAUGGAUGAUUGCAAAUAAUAAUGUAUAUAUUUUCAUAAUUGUAUUUUUAUUGAAUGGAAAAUUAUAUAUAUAUAUAUAUAUAAGACGCUAUCUAUCAAUUGAAUUGUUUUUAAUAAAUAGUAUACUAUAUAGUUGUGGUUGAUAGAUUUAGUACACAAAUUCACGAUUUUUAACUAUUUACUCUUAUUACACAGACAGUCGAGGGGUCAGCUGAUAUUAUUAAAUAAGUGCAACAAUAUCAAAGCAAUAUAUAUAUAUAUAUAUAUAUUGUUCUCGAAUCGAAAUAUCAGUUUAUAUGCAUAAUGGUAAAAAUAGUAUCUCAUUUUUUAUUUACAAAUGGAUAAUGGGCGACGAUGAUAAUAUAAUCUACGUUUCAAUCGAACACACGUCGGAUACUAGGAAAUAUAUUUUUAACUGUAAUUAUGAUAUUAUUUAAAGAUAGUGCUACAAUGAAUAUAUCCCCUAACUUUUACCUGCCGUAAGCAUAUCGCUGUAUGAAUGUAAUCAUAAUGAAUCAAUGCAACCAACCUUUUGAUAUUAGUAAUUUUCUAUUGUAUUUUAUCAAAGUAUUUUGUAGUUUUUAUUUAAGCAAUAAACUGCCAAGUGAAUACUCUGUACAUCGCAUAAUAUUGCAUUUAGAAAGAUGGUCACCGAUUAUGUUAGGGGAAGGCUAAAGUAAUUUCUCCUGUGCAAGUUAUAGCAAAAGGUACUAGAUUUAUUGUUAGCGUAGGCAAGAAUAUAGCAAUAUAUAUUUCUUUAACACAUCUCAAACAGGUUAUAAUUAUUAUUUGUGAACAAUUUAAAUAAUACCUGUCAUAGCGUUCAUACAGUAUAUAAUAAAUUCGACAUAAAUAAUGGUAAAAUUUAGUUUUAAUAUGAAUUUCACAAUUUUGCAAAAGAAUUUGAUACUGGUACUUCUAAAGAGCUUUAUUUGUCGUAUUAUCGAAUACUUUAUAUAAUAUAUUUAGUUUAAUAAGUUUUAUAUAAAGUUGGCUUAAUACUAUCGUGGGUUUAUUUUACCUGCCCAUAAUUAUCUCCUAUCAAGCAAACCUUGAUCGAGAUUUCUGUCGUUAUCCCACUUAUAGCAGGUGUCGUAUAUAAAAAAAAUAGGCCUUGGUACAAAUUACGAUCUGCAAUAUACUAUUAUGUUCCUUCUCAGAAGACUUCUCUGUACUUAAUUAUCAAUAAAGACAUUUCUAUUUGAA